AUGGAUCCCAUAAACGCUGUAGCCGAACGGCUGGGCAUAGACCAACAGCAUCUCAUCCCCUACGGCAACACCAAGGCCAAGGUGAGCCUCGACGCCAUCCGCGAAAACGGCCCGCGCGGCAAGCUCGUGGUCGUAACCGGUAUCACGCCCACUCCGGCCGGCGAAGGAAAGACCACCACCUCCAUCGGCCUGACCGAUGGCCUCGGCCGGCUCGGCCACAAGCCCGUCGUCAACCUCCGCGAGCCCGCCUUGGGGCCGAUCUUCGGGAUCAAAGGCGGCGGCACCGGUGGCGGCAAGGCCCGCAUCGUCCCUGAGGACGAGAUCAACAUCCAUUUCACCGGUGACGCCCACGCCGUCGGCUCUACCCACAACCUGUUGGCUGCCCUGGUGGAGAACGCCGUUUACCGCAACAACGCCUGCGACAUGUCGCCCGAGGGCAUCACCUGGUCCCGCGUCACCGACGCAUCUGACCGUGCACUCAGGCAGAUAACCACCGGGCUCGGUGGAAACGCCAACAGCCCACUCCGCGAAACUCGGUUCGACUUCAUAACCGCUUCGGAAAUCAUGGCCAUUCUCGCACUGACGUCCGAUCUCGACGACCUGCGUGUGCGCCUUUCGCGUAUUGUCGUCGGCACCAGCCGCAGCGGCGAUCCGGUUUCGGUCGGCGACCUGGGCCUGGCCGGCCCGCUUCUGGCCGUGAUGCGCCAGACCAUCAUGCCCAACCUGGUGCAGACCAUGGAAGGACAGCCGGCUAUUGUCCAUUCCGGCCCCUUCGGCAACAUCGCCCACGGUUGCAGCUCGAUCAUCGCCGAUCGCCUGGCUCUGGGCUACGCUGACAUCGUCAUCACCGAGGCCGGCUUCGCGUCGGACCUCGGGUUCGAAAAGUUCAUGCACAUCAAGACCCGCCAGAGCGGUUUGCCCGUUAGCGCGGCCGUCCUGGUUGCCUCGGUUCGUGCCCUGCGUUGGCACGGGGGUGUUCUGCGCCGCAACCUCGCCCAGCCUAAUCUGGACGCCAUGAAGGCCGGCGCUGGCAACCUCGUCCAUCACAUCAAUAUCGUCCGCAGCUUCGGGUUGCCCGUCGUCGUUGCCCUGAACCGUUUCGAGGGCGACAGUACCGAGGAGUUGCAGGCUGCUGCCGCAAUCGCCCAGCAGGCCGGCGCCUAUGCCACCGCUGAGUACUCCGGGUUCGCCGACGGCGGUGAGGGAGGCGUCGUUUUGGCCGAGGCUGUCGCCCGUGCCGCCCACGACCCUUCUGUCGCGCCGGACACGAUCGAUUACGCCUACGACCUCGACGCGUCUAUCGAGGAUAAGGUGCUGGGUCUGGCGAAACGCGUUUACGGCGCCGGGAGCGUGACCUGGACGCCCGAUGCCCGUCGUCGCGCUCGUUUCUUCGCCACGCAGGGAUGGGACAAGCUGCCGAUCUGCAUGGCGAAAACCCACCUCUCCAUCUCCCACGACCCGACUCUCAAGGGGAGCCCGUCCGGCUACGCUUUCCCCGUUUCCGAUAUCCGUGCUUCCGUCGGCGCCGGUUUCCUCUACACCCUCGCCGGCCGCAUCGAAACCCUGCCCGGCCUCCCCUCCCAGCCCCGCGCCUUGGCCAUGGACGUAACCUCCGAUGGUGAAAUCGUGAACCUUUAG